AUGUUCCAAGCGUUUGAAUGGAAUGUCCCUGCCGACAAACAGCACUGGAAGCGUUUGACGUCAGCCAUUCCCAAGUUGAAAGCUAUCGGAGUCGACAACAUUUGGCUCCCUCCUGGUUGCAAAGCGCAAUCUGCGGAUGGGAACGGUUACGACAUCUAUGACCUCUACGACCUUGGCGAAUUCGACCAGAAGGGUGGCAAGUCCACGAAGUGGGGUCCUAAAGAGGAGCUUGUAGAACUUUGCAAAGUAGCCAAGGAGAACGGCGUUGGUGUCUACUGGGACGCCGUGUUGAAUCACAAGGCUGGCGCAGAUAAGACUGAGCGGUGCCGCGUUGUGGAGGUCGAUGAGAACGAUCGCAACAAAGAAGUUUCAGACCCGUACGAGAUUGAAGGAUGGUUGGGAUUCGACUUUCCAGGCCGAGGAGACAAGUACUCGAGCUUAAAGUGGCACUGGGAGCAUUUUGGCGGUACCGAUUGGAACCAAGAGAACGAACGCAAGGCCAUCUACAAGAUCAUGGGAGAUAACAAAGAGUGGUCGCAAUCGGUCGGCGACGAGCAAGGCAACGCGGAUUAUAUGAUGUUCGCCGAUGUGGACUACUCACACCCGGAAGUCCGAGAAGAUGUUAAGAACUGGGGUGUAUGGAUCACGAAGGAACUUGGGCUCAAGGGUUUCCGCCUUGAUGCAGUUCAACACUUUAGCCAGACUUUUACCAAUGAGUGGAUCGACAACUUGCGCGACGAAUGUGGGAAGGACAUAUUUGUUGUCGGGGAGUUCUGGACCGCAGAGACAGGGCCAAUGAUGGAGUGGUUGGAGACCAUGGACCACAAGUUCUCGCUGUAUGACGCGCCACUCGUCUACAACUUCAGUCAGAUCAGCACCACCGAAGCCGGUGAUCUGAGGAAGGUUUUCGACGGAAGUCUCGUCAAAGAAAAGCCCAUCAACGCUGUCACGGUGGUCAUGAACCACGAUACGCAGCCGGGACAGACGAUGGAUACCAAGAUUGAGGGUUUCUUCAAGCCGCUUGCGUACUCACUUAUCCUGCUCCGCAAGGAAGGAUACCCGUGUCCGUUUUACGGUGAUCUUUAUGGCCUGAACAAGGACUCCGAACCGCCUUCGUGUGGAGGAAAGCUCGCUGAUCUUAUGCUUGCUCGUAAGCUCUACGCUUACGGAUCUCAGGAGGACUACUGGGAUGACCCGAACUGCAUCGGCUUCGUUAGGCGCGCAACAUGGGACAAGCCGAAUGGUCUUGCCUGUGUGAUGAGCAACAAGGGUCCUGGCGAGAUCCGCAUGGCUGUGGGUCAAGAGCACAAAGGUGAACGUUGGACGGACCUGCUUGGUUGGGAAGAGGGCGAGGUCGUGAUCGACGACGAAGGUUACGGACUCUUCAGAUGCCCGGGUAUUUCGGUAUCUAUAUGGGUAAAUAAGGAGGCCGAGGGACGCGAGAGGUUCCCAACAAACUUCGACUCUAACAUUUAUGGACAUUGA